AUGAAGGUCACCUCGGCCGGUGACAACUUCAGUGUCGGCGAGAAGCAGCUGAUCUGCUUGGCACGCGCGCUGCUGCUCCAGAACCGAAUCCUGCUGCUGGACGAGGCCACAGCGUCGGUGGACGUGGAGACAGACCACGCAAUCCAGCGCACCAUCCAGGACAACUUCAGCGCCUGCACCGUCAUCACCAUCGCCCACCGGCUUGACACCGUUGUCGGCUACGACAGGAUCGUCGUCAUGGACGCCGGCAAGGUCGUCGAGCUGGACACGCCGCUGGCGCUGAUGGAGAACGAGAACUCGCUGUUCCGCCAAAUGAUGGGCCACGCCGGCUUCACCACCGUUGAACAGCUGCUCGAGCUGCGGACCAACAGACGGUAG